CAGUUCAAGUGAAAUGCGCGAGUGAAAUGAUGAUGUCGAGCAAAACGAAGAGCAAACGCGUGAGUCGUCUGAUAUCGCACUUCGAGAAUUUGACAAUUUCCACUGAUGAGAAGAGCGUCAAUGGGAAAGAGCUGUGGGAGACGACGCAAUCGCAGCCUCAGCUCAAAAGGUGCAGCUCUUUAUUUGAAGAUGAUUCGGUCGAAGAUAUCAGAUGGACGUACGCUCAUGAUACGACGAAAUCGGUGAUUAAUUAUGAUGCCGAUGAUGAUGAUGACGAUGAUGUGAUUGAAGUGAAGAGGUUCAAUUCGAUUGACAACGAUCGUGGUGGCAGCAUCGAAGACGUCAGGAGUCAGGCGAUGAUGUUGUGCGAAGAGUACGCGAAGAGUUUACAAUCUUUGGGCAGCGAUGAUGUUGUUAAAGCGGAUGAAGAAAGUGUUAAAGAUGAGGAGUGUUUGCAGCAGGUGGUGCACGAUAAGCUUGAAGUUCUUGAGAACAUCUUCGCUUACAGCGAUGAUGAUGAUGAUGAGGAGGAUGAACCUCUUUACAUGAACAUCGAUUUCCACGUGAAAUCAGAGAAUUCUUACAGGAGUUCGGGAAGCACGGUGAGCGUUGAAAUGGAGCCGAGUGAAAUGCACGAAGAACCAAUUUACGAGAACGUUCAGAUGUUGAGUAAUUUGCGGAGGAACGCAAGCACCACCGAUUUAGUUACCAUGAGGAGCCAUGCGAAAACUCCGGAGGAUGAUCAGGAUCAGGAGAAGAGGGCGCACGUCGUGAAGACAAUCUACGACAGCAUGCAGAACAUCAGGAUGCAGAUGGUUUCGGCUGUGCAUGUGAACGAGAUCAGGAAGAGCAUCAACAAGAGCAAAAUGGAUUACAUCGUCGAGGAGCUGAUGCACACCGAAAUCAAGUAUCUGGAGAGUCUCGAAUACGCUAUAAACAAUUACAAGAGUUACGUGACGGAGCGCUUCAAGAACGGCCCGAAAAUAGCCGAGAGGAUGUUCUGCAACAUCGAGCAAAUUUACAAGCAAACCAGCGCUCUUCUUGAAGAAAUCAAAGCCAAGAAAGAUAAAUACGAGGAAGUGGGGAAGAUCUUCAAGAAACACAAAAACUUAUUCGAUUUGUAUCCGGUUUAUUGUCGGAAUAAGCAAGAAUCUAACAGAUUGGUAACAGACAUCUUCAAGAAUCCAAUCCGAAAACGCGAAGAGGAAUUGGGCGACAAAUUGGGUCUGAGCAGUUACCUGCUGAAACCGGUGCAGAGAUUGGGUAAAUACGAAUUGCUGCUGAAGAAUCUCAGCAAAUGCAUGAAGAAAGAUAACCAGAGCACGGAUCACGUCGACGCUGCAGUCGAUAUCGUCGUGAGGUCGUCGAAAAGGGCCAACGAUUUGCUCACACUUAAAUACAUCUCGGAUAAUCCGCACUCGUUCAGGGAAACCGGCGAGUUUAUAUAUCAAGACACCUUCCAGAUCCUUCAGCCCAAACGCAUGGAGAUGGAGGUGUUGCUCUUCAAGAAGAUGGUCAUAUUCGCAACGCGCGAUUCCAAAGACUCCGAAAGUCUACAAUAUCACCACUCUAUAGACAAGAACUCUUUGUCGAUCAAACAUAACGAAGAUUCGUGCACUUUCCGAUUGAGCAACUACUUUUUGCAGAAGAAAGACAAAUACAAUGAUUAUAAAUUGAAAGCCAAAGAUUUUCACACCAAAGAGAAGUGGACCAAAGCUAUUUUCGAUCUGCUUUGGGAGCAACUCAAUAAUCAGAAAGAAGAGUUAUCGAAGCAGCGACGAUAUAGCGAAGCGUACAAAGAUGUACAGCGAGACAAAGAGAACAACGUGAUCGAAAGUGAUAUCGUCCUUAAGAAUUCAACAUUUUAUACAUCCCGUAAAUGAUA